GAAUAUUUCCUAAAUCAUUUAGUGCUGUCUGCAGAGACUUUGCAGACAAUUCCCCACUUCAGUCCUUAGUGACACACAGUGGACUUACAAUUUUUUUGCUCUUUUUCCUCCCAUUCUUUUCAGGAAGUACAGUAAUUAUGGGAUAAGGCUUCAGAGUAAGAGUAGGAUGUACACAAACAAUACUGGUUGGGGCUUAGACAAUCAAAUAUCUUUCUGCAAUGCAUAUAGAUGUUUCUCCAGAAGCUGAAUGAAAAGAAACUGUGUGUUGAGGACAGACUGUGUAAAUUCUGCAAGUCCUCAGAACAUGUGUACAGGUUUAAGGACAGCUCUUACUUCAGCCUUUGCCCAGACCAAGUUGAGGAGAAAGCUCAGUGGUUAUCUCACUUAUUUUCAGGUGCCUGGACUUCACCUGUUGCAUUGUUCCAAAAGUUGGAAUUAAUAUAGAUGCAGAAUUUGCAAUGGCAGGUUUAAUUUAGUUAUUGCUGCCAGACAUAUAUUUACAAGGAUCUAAAUUCUACUUUGUCUAGUUGGGCCAUGGAACACAAAAGAUCUUCCAGAGUGUUGUUGGUCCUGGAGGAAUCUUGUGUCAGUGAAGCAGUUUCACUGGGAAGUACUAAUUUCUCAAAAAUAUGAGAGAGGGAGGACUGUUAUUGCCAUGCGUGUUUUUGAAAGACAAGAAUUAUUUAACUAACAAUUUGAAAGUAAUGAAUGACACUUUGACAUGAUUAAAUGGGUGAAAACAUCUCCUGAACUGCAAGGAAAGCUCCCUUUGGGAACAAACAAAAACUCUUGUGCUUUCAACUGAAAAGGUAAGUUGUAUUCCUUUUUUAGAGGAACCAGGCAGAUCUCUGCUGCUGCUCUCUUGCCAGUCAGGAUUCAACACAUCCUGAAUUGUGAGCCCUUUUUGUUUUUAUUAUGUUUUCAAGACAACCUUUAUUGCUGCACAGUGUUAGAAGUGCAGGCCUUCCAUGAAUCUGUGUCUUCUGCUAUAGGCCACAGUAACACCAGAGAGAGAAACCCAGUUUUAAUUGGCACCAGCCACACUUGCUGCAGCAGAUUUGUCACCAACUUACCUCCACCUUCACACCAUUUCCUUCCUGUAGCUGCCUCUAGAUAUUAAGCUCCCUGACAGAUGGAUUUGGGUCACCCAGGUAGUCAACAGUACUUCUGAAGCUGAAGAUCGCAAUUCCCGGAAUAGCAACCUGAAACAUCAGAGAGGAGCAGAGAGAAGGCAGUGAAAGGCAAAUGUCAUCCUCUUCCACUUACCAUGGCUGGGAUGUCCCUUUGUUUCAGCCUGUGCCCUCACCCAGACUGACCCAUCUUAGCACAUGAAAGCUGACAAGAUUGCAGCCUAAGGCUUUGUGGCUGCAGACAGGUCUUCUAAUUAGAUAAUUAAUUGUAUGAGUCAGUGCAAUGCAGCCCACGAGAAGAGCACUUACUGAUUUUAUUUACAGCAGGGUGUUCUGGGGACUUUGGUGUGGUCUAGAUGUUGUUACUCAGACCUGUGUAUUCUAAGCCCCCGUCAUGAGCAAGACCAGAAGGAUCUUUCCUUUUUUUUUUUUUUUUCAAAAGGAUUUUUCCUUUUGUAGAAACAAACUGGCAGGGAAGAAAAAGCAGAAGGGAAUGUUAUACCAUCUUCUUUAACAGGCUGAGGAGGUAAAUACAUUUCUGACUUGCUGGCAUGAGAUUCAAACAUUUUCAGGCAGUCUGCCCCAAAAGAGCUGUCUGACUUUUGCCCAAGGAGCCAGUGGGCUCAGACCUGCUCUGUGCAGGUUUCAUUGCCUUUCACACAGGCAGCUGCAAUUAGUGCAAUUUCAAUACUUUCAGCAGCAUUUCUCCCUGGCAGGAGUGAAGAGCAUAGUUCUGCCUACGAUCAAGUGUGCCAACACAUCACACAGUACUCUACACCUGACUGCUUCAUUGGUGUUCUGCAGCAGAAGCCAGGCUUUGAGGAAAAUUGUUUCCCAAGUCAUACAUACUAUUUGUGAGCCUUGAUGGGUUUGAACUACCUUGGCCUUUACCUGUCCACCAGUGAUUAGGGGCACAUCCCACUGCUUCAGAGCACCAGCUGGAUUGUUGAGUGUGCCAUAGGAUAGAUUUACAGGAAUGCUGAAGGAUUUGGGGAGGAGUCAUAUAAGACUCCUUAAUAAUUCAAAACAUCUAAUCUCUCUGCUAAAUUUACAGACUUGCAAGCACCACUCCUCCACAGCAGGUGAAACACAAUCAGGUAUAUUGGUAUUAUUUGUCACAGCUCUGCAUUAUCAAUUAACACCAUACCCAAGUACCUCAGGAAAGACAGUGAUGCUAAGAUAUGAUUUUCUCUGUUGGAAAGUCUUAAAAAUAGACUACUUCCAUUCUAAGCAGCUGGAUGUUACUUCCUCUCAUAUUGCUGUGUAUAUUAUUUAUUACCUGAGCUAAGUGUAUUACCUGUAACACACCCAUCCUUAUGGCUUAUAGAAGCUGCUAAUUGGAACCUGUGCAGGCAGAGCUAUAAGUCCACAGGGAUCCCAGCAGGACCUGGCUCUAUAUUCCUAUACUAUUCCAUAAUUAGCCAGGAUUUGCCUUUCUGGUUUUGAGCUUAGCUGGAGCAGCAUAGAUUGUGGAUGGAAAAUAGCAAAAGUUUCAGAACAUUUUAAUUUCCGUCUCCCUGAGAUAGGUGUAGAAAGCAGGAGAUUUGUUCCCUGUCUAGGAAACAGAUUAAUUGUUUUUAAAACUUCUGAAAGAAGUUCUGAGAGUACUAUAAGAUACUAGCAGGGUAAAAAGGACAAAGUAUUUUAUACCUGUUGAUAUUUUGGUUAGAAGAUAAGAAAUGCCAUUUCAAAGUAGGGACCAAGAAGAGUGGGGGGAUCUAAUAAAUUUAAAAUCCCAUACAAAUUUCUUAGUUUUGCUGGGAAAAUUUUACAUCGCCCAGCCCAAGUUUUGGGAAACAACAGCUGCACUGCUCUCUUUAUGUACACAGCAGGUUUGAUAGCACAGCCAGGGUGCAUAAGCACAUCUCUCUGUGACAGAGACAACUUCAUGACACAGUGCACUAUCCUGAUUUACAAGGUCAUAGAAGCACUGAACUUUAUUCAGGCAUUGAAUAAAUCCAUUUAUCCCUGUCACACUAGAAAAACCAUCGUAGUGUCAUAAACAGGCUUAAAAAAAAGGAAAAGAUUUGGACUCAAAUUAGUUACUUCUCUCUCCAGUUAUUAUUAGCAGAUAAGAGUCCUUUUUCAGAUGGCAUUGGUCAUCAACAACUUUUCUUCCCUAUAUGUUGCUUAAAUUGCAAGGUUGAAGGCUAAGCAGGAUCCAUCACCUGUUCUGAUUAGACCAUUGAUUACAAGAUAAUCCCUUGAAUAUUUCAUGCAGGAAUGAUGGUGCAUCCAGGCACUGAGGUAACUUGAGUACUUGAAACAGAACCUUAUAAAAAGCUUUCUGCACUUACCUCCUAUCUGGGAGCACUCUGAAGCUUUGUAGAUAUAAAGACACAGAAACUACCUCCAAGACAAUCUGAUCCGUGAGUGCUGAUUCUUUGGACAGAGCUGGCUCUGCUGUAAAGCCCUGGUUCUGCAUUAGCCUUUUUCCUUCCUCACCACUGCCUUCUGGACAAAAUAUGCCUGUUGUUACCUUGCUUCUUGAGGUGUUAUGGAGAAUGAAGACAAAGUGCUGAAGUUCCAGCAAAGAAUUGCCAUGGCCUUUCAGGUCAUGGGAAUUUGGUCUUUCUCCUUUUCUUCCCUCCAUGAUGGUAAUCACCAAACCAGAAGGUCGUGCUGAUUAGCUUCAGUUUGUGGUUUGCUUAAAGCAGGAUCAAGGCAGGAUGGAAAUAGCUGCUGGUGCUGUUCUCUCCUUAAGCCAGUGCAGAAGCAGAUUGUGUACGGCAUAGCCACUCCUAUUUUAGCACUGACACAAUUUCCAGCCAAACCUCCAGGCAACAUGGAAACACACAUGCCUGACUUUGCUCUACCCUCCUCACUCCCAACUCCUAAUGGACAGAAGACAGCAAAAUCAGCAAGGGACUCUUUUUCAGCCUACAACAGCAAAUACCUCACUGUUCCUCAGAACCGGACUUCCUGGCACAGAAGUGGGACCAAUGGAGCUCUUGAAGCAUCAGUGGUGUCCUACAGAAGUUCUAUUAUCAACAACUAUGUGGAAGGGACCCAGGCAGGGGCAAGGGACAAGGCCUCCCCGAGUGGCCUGCACUUCAGGGACAGCAAGAGGAAGGUCGACUAUGUCUUGGCUUACCACUACCGCAGACGCCUGGCCCAGCAUGUGCCCGUUGCCAUCUCCCCGGAGCCGAGGUGUGGAUCUGCCUCUGUGACCCUAGUUUCGAACGGAGGCACCGGGAAGGGCUGCACCGAGCCCCAGCAGCAGCAGGACGAUGGCCAGCGUGCCCUGCAGGAGUGGCCAGGGCUGCCCAGCCUGGAGGCAGCGGAGCUCAGCCCACUGGACGCCUCGGAGGAGGAGAGGCGGCUGCAGCGGGAGGAGUAUGAACGCAACCUGCUGGAAGCGGGGCUGGAGAUCGAGAAAGACCCCGAGAACAAGAGCCAAGGACUGAGUUUUGUCCGUAUACAUGCACCUUGGCAAGUCCUCAGUCGAGAAGCAGAACUCCUUAAAAUAAAAAUGCCCACUAAAAAGAUGUAUGAAAUCACAGAAGAAAAGGGAAUACUCAAAACGUUAAAUGAAAUAUGGUGCAAAUUGACUGAACCUCUGCAACCCCAGGUGCCACAGCAAGAAAAUACCAAGAUGAAAACCUUGUCCUACCCAUUUUCCAGAGAGAAAAUAUAUUUGUAUGACAUCAAAGACAAAGACACUUUUUUUGACAAUGCAACCCGCAGCCGAAUAGUGAGGGAAAUUUUGAAGCGCACAUCUACAAAGGCCAGAAACAGCAUGGGCAUUGGCACGUUAAUAGCAAACAAUGUUUAUGAUGCAGCCUACCCACUUCACGAUGGUGAAUAUGAAGGCCAAAAUGAUGACAUGAAUGAAAGAAAGUUGCUGUAUCAAGAAUGGGCAAGAUAUGGAGUGUUUUACAAGUUUCAGCCUAUUGAUCUCAUAAGGAAGUAUUUUGGAGAAAAGAUAGGACUUUAUUUUGCAUGGCUGGGUUUAUACACAGAAUUCCUCAUUCCAUCUUCAGUAGUUGGGAUUAUUGUAUUUCUAUAUGGAUGUAUAACCAUUGAAAGUGACAUUCCUAGCAAAGAGAUGUGUGACCAACGCAAUGCAUUCACCAUGUGCCCCCUGUGUGACAAGUUCUGUGAUUACUGGAACCUCAGCUCUGCCUGUGCCACUGCUCGAGCGAGUCACUUGUUUGACAACCCUGCCACGGUUUUCUUCUCCAUCUUUAUGGCUCUCUGGGCUACCAUGUUCCUUGAACAAUGGAAGCGCUUGCAGAUGAGAUUGAGUUACUUCUGGGAUCUAACUGGACUGGAAGAAGAAGAGGAACAUCCCAGGCCAGAGUAUGAAACCAAACUGCUGCAGAAAAAGCUGAAAAAUAAAAACAUCACAACAGAAAAUUCAAACGAGAAUGAAAAGGAGAAACUGACAUGGAGUGACCGCAUGCCUGGAUAUGCAGCGAACUUUGGACUGAUUAUAUUUAUGAUCAUGCUGGCGUUUUCAGCAGUGUUUGGUGUCAUUGUGUACCGAAUCACGACAGCAGCAGCCUUGUCCUUCAGCACAAAUGAGACAACCAGGUCCAAUGUUCGAGUGACUGUGACUGCCACUGCUGUCAUCAUUAACCUUGUGGUGGUCCUCAUCCUUGAUGAAAUUUAUGGAGCUGUGGCCAAAUGGCUGACAGAAAUUGAAAUACCAAAAACAGAGAAAACUUUUGAGGAAAGACUGAUUUUGAAGGCAUUCCUACUGAAGUUUGUGAAUUCUUAUGCAUCAAUUUUUUAUGUUGCCUUUUUCAAAGGAAGGUUUGUUGGCCGUCCUGGUCAUUAUGUAUAUGUGUUCAAAGGUUAUAGGAUGGAAGAGUGUGCUCCAGGAGGGUGUCUGAUGGAACUCUGCAUUCAGCUGAGCAUUAUCAUGCUUGGAAAGCAACUGAUUCAAAACAAUCUCUUUGAAAUUGGAAUCCCGAAGCUCAAGAAGCUCUUUAGGAAGCUGAAGGGUGGAAGAACUGAGGUAAAGGAAAUGGACACCAACCAAUACAAGGACCCUCAGCAAUGGGAUCUUGACUACAUCUUGGAACCUUUCACUGGGCUGACUCCAGAAUACAUGGAAAUGAUUAUCCAGUUUGGCUUUGUCACACUCUUUGUUGCCUCCUUCCCUCUGGCCCCUGUCUUUGCUCUUCUGAACAACAUCAUCGAAGUUCGUCUUGAUGCAAAAAAAUUUGUUACUGAGCUGAGGAGGCCAGACACAGUGAGAGAAAAGGAUAUAGGUAUUUGGUAUAACAUCUUGAGUGGUAUUGGAAAACUUUCAGUGAUUAUUAAUGCUUUUGUCAUUGCUGUUACCUCCGAUUUCAUCCCACGCCUUAUGUAUCAAUAUGCAUACAGUCAGAAUGGAACCAUGCAUGGCUUCAUCAAUCACACCCUCUCAUACUUCAAUGUCAGCCAGCUCAAGGCUGGGACACAGCCAGAAAACUCCCUGUUUGCACAGGAAGUUUCAUUCUGCAGAUUCAAAGACUACAGAGAACCACCUUGGUCCCCACACCAGUACGAGUUUUCUAAGCAGUACUGGGCGGUCUUGUCUGCUCGCUUGGCUUUUGUGAUUCUAUUUCAGAACCUGGUGAUGUUCCUCAGUGUUCUGGUUGAUUGGAUGAUCCCUGAUAUCCCCAAGGACAUCAGUGAACAGAUCAAAAAGGAGAAGACCAUGCUUGUUGACUUCUUCCUGAAGGAAGAGCACGAGAAGCUGAAGCUGAUCGAAAGCUUUAUUGUAUGUGACAAGCGGAAACACAGGAGCGGGACCAAAAGCAGAAGGACCAGGGCUGCCAGCUUCUCCCAGUGUCACCGCAGCCCCAAGGGCAGCUUCACCUCCUUCAGCUCACAGCACACGGUGGUGUGAUUCCUGAGGGAAGCGAACAGCCUGUGCUUGCCUCUGCUUACUGCAUGAUGUGAUUCUGAGCCUAAAACAAGAGAUGGAGAGAAGGAAAGGGAGCAAAGGGAGGCUCUUUUGUUUCCUUAGAAUCUUAAGAUGUGAGUGGCUCUGUUACAAUUUAAAUGCCCUCUGGGCUGCAGCAUUUCCAGAUUUCAUCGGUGUGAGAUAAGGGCUGUAUUGGGGCUGUAGCUGGUUCCUGUGGUGACAAUGCAUUCGAGCUGGGGAGGCAUGCAGGAAAUUCUCCUGGCAGGAAUUCUCCUGGCAACCAUCCCUCCUCCUCCAGAUGCUCAUGGGGCAUGGGGCACUCCUGCUUUAGUCUCUGUCCUUGGUCAGGUUGGACUGACUGUGGAGAAGGACUGACCAUGGAGAAGUGCACACACCUCAUGUCUCAUUGGCUGUAGCUGCCAGAAGGGGAUUUGCAAACAUGUUGGGUCUGAAGGAGUCUUUGUGCCUUCCUAACCUACGCUGCCAGAGGGUGCCACCUCUGGAGGGCACGCAGGGCUCUGGGAGAUGUGGCAAGAGAAGGAAUUUAAAUCACUGGACAGUAGCAUCUAUGGCUAUAUUGUGCUUUGCUUAGCAGGAGCUGGAAUGGAUGUGCUGGUGAGCAGGGAGGCCGUCAGAAUGGCUGAAGGUGCCAGAACCAGGGAACCUCCUUAGCACCCAUUGUCCUGAACAAAAAGCUAAAAACCAAACCUUGCAUGUUUGAUUCUCCUCUCACUUAGACUUGGAAUUCAGCCAGUGUCAAGAAGAAUCAUGCCACUGAACCAUCAGUGCAAAGCUCAGAAGUGAGAAUGGAAUCAAGUAAAUCAUGUAAAUCAUGUGGCAUCUCCAUGUACACUGAAUGUAAAGUUACAAAAAUUGCUGCUGUUGUGAUUUACUGUAAAGUAAAAUAUUUUGCAGAACUGCAUUUCCCUGGAAGAUAAAUAUAUUCACUAAUCAAGCUUUCACCUACAAGCAUUUAAGGAAUAACAUUAC